UGGAAAAAUAAUAGCUAGCCAAGGGGAGCCAUAACAUAGGUAUAGUUCCCCUUUGAUUAGAACCGCCUAUCUCAUCAUACUGUCCUGGACCCACAAAAAAAGUUUACAUACUUAUAUUUGGUACAUGCGUAUUAUUUUUUUACCAUCUCCGUUAAAGUUUUUAAUUCAAUGCCCUAAAAACUGUACGUUUAUGGUGUAGUAGUACUUGGAAAUCAAAACUGUCACCCACCAACACAGCCGCAGCUACCAACCUUGAAUGUUUAUACCUAUGCCACCGACCAACACGAAUCCCUUUUACCCCGAGAACCUCUGCAAAAUAUGACGCUACGCUCGUGGUGUGGAUUGGGAUGCACAGCGCAUUGGUCGUUGACGAUUUGGAAGUAAACAAAGUAUUUGAAUAUCUUUGCUCAAUCAUUUAGGUAUCUUUUUAAUUUUUCUAUCGGCAUUUCGGCGGGUAUAACUACAACUUAGUGUAUGCGCUAAUAACAGUAAUCACAAUUGUAAUUUGUAAACCUUCGGCGUCCGGUACUCCAGCGACCCGCGGACCGGGUCACACUGUUUUUCGAAUAGACUGCGCGUGCGGCGACAACCCACUGACGCUGAACAAAGCAAUAGGAACGCGUACAUUUUGUGUUCCGUUGCCGAGUCGACGACUUUACAUUAGUCGCGGAGCGGGACAAUACGACGUCCGGUACAUUUAAUAAAGAUCGAGACUGUGCGAAUAAUCGUAUGGUCUUUUGCCGAUUGCUAAAUAUUCCGCCAGUAGGGUUCCGAUCUCCGACUACCUUGAAGUCAUCAUCUGACUACGGAUCGAUUUUUUGACCGCUGCUUCGCACACAGAAACUGUCUUCGUUCAACGACGGUGAGUGUAUCACUUUUACCGUAUAUUUCCCCUCCCUUACUAGCCGUUUACGAAACGAUAUAAUAAUACCGCUUUAAUCAUCCGCCUAUUUGCUGUGUCGUUUUUAUAGCUCGUUCUUUUCUACUCUGGCACUUUCCAGUUAUUAUAUUAUUUAGGUAUUAAGUACUAGGUACCUGCAGCCGCAACGACGCACACAGAGGAGGGUUAUGGUAUGAACGUGUUUUACUUUCGGUUUUUCACAUUUGAUGAGAAAACUUCUGAAAAAAUCGAAAAAUAACCUCCAUAAAGUACCACUCCAAGAAUAUUUUCUUUUAGAACCACGGUCUAUAUCGUUUACAUCCGAGUAAGAUUUUUGGCUAAAACAGUGUUUAUGAAAAAAAAUAAAAUAAUCAUCUUUGUAAAACCAAUACAUUCUUCGCUCUUUUUGGAAAAAAUAUAUUCUAGAUAAGUAGAGANGGUGAAUGUCCAAGAUAGAAUAUUAUUUUUAUUUUUAAUUCGAAAGCAUAUUAUUGUGUUAAUAUUAUGUCGAUUGACAAUUAUUGUAAAUUUAAUAAUUGUGGUAGGUAUUGGUUGUUUCUCAAGUUUUCGUCUCCGUAAAUUCAGCCAUUAAGUGCCGCGUGUCAUCGUGCGCAUUGGUUUUGUUGAAUCGAGAGGCAGGAGCCGGACGGUGUUUUGCUAAUGAAUGUAAGGGCGAGGAGAACAACUCCGAGGAUUGAGUAAGGAGAGUGGAUAUGGUCAGCCUCUAGCUAAUUAUAGAUAAAAUCGUGCCCACGACGAAUGACUGAUAUUAAUUGUCUAUAAUGGCCGUAACUUCUUUGGGCAUUACGGACAAAUGAAAACAUACAGGCGAUGUUACAUGUUAUUUCGUAGUGCUUGACAAAUUUUUGUUCGGGGAGGUGAUAUUUAUUUAGACAAAAAUUAAAUUUUUCUUUGCAUCCUCACAUUUGAGAAAAAAAAUAAUCUCACAUAAUGAAAUAUAUUAAUGUCCGCCAAAUCCGUACUAUCCACUUUUCACCCAUUAAAUUUAUUUAAUUAAUACACGGGCAAAACCAAAAAUGAAUAGGGGUAAAAUAAUAACAAUAAAACUUGGUAUUGGCAAUGCCAGACUCGGCGCGGCUAGUAAAAGUUAAAAAAAUUUAAUAUCUAUAGCUUAAAACAUUACUCCAUAACUAAAAACAGAUUUCACCAGGAAAUAAUAAAUAGUUUUCUUAAUUUUAAUAUUAAAGUAGCCCUUUACAUAUUUUUAGAAAAAUAAAAACUCAUGUAAAUCUGAAAUCAGUAUAUUAAUGUGACAUAUCCAUUUUAAUUUAUUAUCCACAGUAAUACUAAUACUCUUUCACCUUUUGCAAAAUAUUACACUUACUAUUAAUUUUACAAUAUAUAAUUUUAAUCGAAAGUUGUAAUUUAAAAGAGAAUCUUUAAUCAUAAAUGUCAUAUACUUAUGAUUUAGGUAUAUUUUGCUUUAACACAUUAUUAUCUAACCAUAAGAACUUAAAUUUUGGUUGGUGACUUUAUGGUGUUCUUUUAUAAAUAUAGUUAAUUCAUUGUCCUCUGUUGUCAUUUUUGAUAUCUAAUUGUUUUAUUUAUCAUAACUUACAGAUUUAAUACACAAUAUGGACCAACAGGAUGCACAGAACAGACAGAUCAAUUAUGAAAAAAACAUUGAAUUAAUUUCAGAAUAUCAUAUGGGCGAUAUUGUUUGGGCUAAGCUCGUGGGAUGCCAAUUUUGGCCGGCCAUGGUCACUAAAGAUCCUUUAUGCAGUUUGUUUGUCAAAGGAAACGGUAAUUACAUAAUAUAGUGUUGUUGCAGAUAUGCUAUAUAUUUUAAUAGAAUCUAUAAUUUGUUUUACAUUUUACAUUAAUAAGUCCAAUUAGUGGUUUGGUUUUCAAAUCUGAAUUUUGACAAAGAAAUUGAAAACUAAAUUGUUUAAGAGAACCUAUACAUACAUAACAAAUGUUGUUUUUUGUCUUCUAAACAGACAUGAUUUUAGCAGAUUUAAAACCAACUUUGUGCUGUCAGUUUUUUCAGACAUUAUCAUUCAUAUUUUUCUUUCGAGCUCUUUUUAAUUAUGAUAUUUCACACAUGUAUAUCUUAACUAAAAAUUUAAAUUGAUAAAAAUAAAAAAACUAAUGUACAAACUCAGAUGAUGUUAUUCCAGCUGAGCUUGCUGGUACAAUUCACUCUAAAAUUGAAACUCAUGAAUUUUGACCUCGAAUGACUUUUAAAUCUUACAUGAUAUUGUUGGGGACUUUUCAUAUUAAUGAAGAUAUUUUACCCAUUGUUUAUGAAGUAGUUAUAAAGUUUUAUGCAACAAUUCAGCUUAAAACCAAUUAAUUUUUCCCAACUGAAAUUAUAAUUUGAUUAGACCUUUAAAGGGAUUGAAGAGAAUCCAUCAAAUAUACUUUCAGGGAAAAAAAAAUUUUUUUAAAGGAUACACAAGAUAAUAUGUAUUUACCUAAAUUUUUUUUUUUUUAUUGAUUUUUAGGAAGAAACAGAACUUAUGCUCUACAUGUGCGAUUUUGUAAAUUUUAUGGCCGAAGAAGUUGGGUGACGAUUGUUGAAAAAUAUUGUUCUGAACAAGAUCUUGUUUCAAAACACCCAGAUUAUAUGGUAAGCCUUAUUAAAUAUUUACUUUUCUCGUCAUUCAGUAAAUCAAUCUGUAAUUUACCUAUGUAAGUUUAAGUAGGUCUAUUUAUAUUUUUAACAUUUUUUAUGAUCAGAGUGGAAUUUCUGUCUUAUAAGGUAUUGUUAUAUUGAUUAUAUAAAUAUAAUUGACAUAUUUUAUUAAAACCAACAUCAUUGUAUCCCAAAAUAUUUAAAUAUUAAUUUAAUGAAUGUUUAUAGUAUUCUUCAGAGAAAGACUUUAGUGAAAUGGUUUUAUGGCAUGAGGCUGUGAAAGUAGCUGACCAUUUGUCGACCCUCCAUCCAAAGUAAUAAUAUUCUAUAGAUUAUGUUGUUUUUUUAGACCUUAUACUACUAGGUAUGUUUUUUGUACAAUUGAAAUGAUUAAAUCUAGAGGGAGCUUCUCUUGUUAGGCUUGUGAUUGCUCAAUAAUACUUAUUGUACAGAUAUUAUUAUAAUACUUACCUACUUUCUUUAAUCAUUAAUAACUUGUUAUUGCAGUAUUUCCC